CUCCCCUAUGCGCAAAACUUUCAUUGAUUACUCAUGAGAUUUACAUCGAACUUCGCAGUAACUUAAAUUUAAACAAUGGGUUCUGGCACAGGCCAUGGUGAAGCUAGAGGAAAGACUGAAAGGAUAGCAGUCCCUGCUAUGCCCAUGCCUUUAGCCAUCAUCUGCUGCAUCCUAAAUUUCCUUGUGCCUGGACUAGGAACAAUUAUUGCAGGAUUUAGUGCAUUUUGUUGUUCACGAAAUGAAGACAUCUCAUGUUGUAACCGACUGGGCAGCUGUAUGCUGAACUUUGGGAUCGGACUCUUGCAGCUACUGACGAGUGUGAUACUGUUGUUAGGCUGGGUUUGGAGUUGUUUCUGGGGGACUUUCUUUAUUGGAAUGUCUUCUGAAUAUUACAAAGACAACCCUGUGGGUGGGGGCACUGUUCUCCAUACAGGUCAAGGUCAAGCUGUGUUAAUUCAGCCAGGAUCAGCAAAUUAUCCUCGGUGCUACCCCACACAAGCCCAAGGUCAAGGUCAAUCAACUAGUUUCCCUGCCCAGCCAUAUCCUAGUUACCAUGGGCCACCACAUUCAGGUUACCAAGACCAAGGUCAGUAUGGUUUCCAAGGGCAGCAGUUUAACCAAGGUCAACAUGGUUUCCAGGGGCAACCAGGCCCAUUCGACCAGCCACCACAUGGAUAUGUAGAACCUCCCCCACCUUAUACAGAAAGAGAUAUCAGGCCCUCUGCUCCACCAGAAGAGAAUUGUAAUAAACAAAGUGCUUUUUAACCAUUACUGUUAUUAAAGCUUACCUCCAAUCAAAUUGUUUAAGGGUGAACUUUUGUGAUUACUGGUAGUUACCAACACACUGUUGUCCAUCAUUUUAUUAGCUCAGCUGUUUUCAGAGAUAACCCCGAGGUAUUGUCAUAGCCAGAUCAUCGUGUCCGUCGUCGUGUCGUCUGUUUUGUGCUAAAACCUAAACAUUUUGUCAAGGUUUUGAAUAUUGCCUCUAAAAUGAAAGUGCUUCAACCUACAACUUUGAAAGUUUGUAUGAAGCUGCACCUUAACUAGCUCUACAUGCCACACAAAUUUUUGGGUCACUAGGUCAAAGGUCAAGGUCACUGUGACCUCUAAAAAAAAAAAAAUCUGACUAGCUUUCAUUUAUUCAAAAACUGCACCCGAGCCGAGCGUGGCACCCGUUAUGCGAUGCUCUUGUUAUCAACAUGGUAUGACAGCAACAUUCUACUAUACACCUGUUACUAUGUGAGAAUUUUUCUGUUAAGUUAAACAAAUCUAGGCGUUAUCAAAAUCUUGGCAGAAAUAUAGUGGAGUGGUCUGGUGAACCAGUUGGAAUACGAGAAUCUCAAACGAUAUAUCACAAUUGCAACUACAAGCUAACAAGUAACGAACAGCUUUUCACAAAUGAUGCUUAAAUAUAGUGAGGAUUAUGAAUGAAUGUUAUAUACAUUGUAUAUAUAUUUUAUUAUACCCCCAUUACCAUUGGUAAUAUGGGCUAUGUAGGUGUCACUUUGUCGGUCUGUCUGUCCCGAAAACUUCAUCCAAUCUUCACCAAACUUGGUCAGAAGUUGUAUCUAGAUGAUGUCUAGGUCAAGUUUGAAUAUGGGUCAUGCCGAGUCAAAAACUAGGUCACUGGGUCACUUAGUGCGUUUUAAACCACAAGUUUGUCCGGACCAUAACUAUGUCAUUAUUCGUUAGAUUUUUAAAUGACUUGGUACAUUUGUUCACCAUCAUGGGACGGUGUGUCAUGCAAAAGAAGUAUGUCGAUAUCUCCAAGGUCAAGGUCACACUUGGAGUUAACCAUAAAUGAGCUUGUCUGGGCCAUAACUUUGUCAUUUAUUGUGAGACUUUAAAAUCAUUGGGCACAUUUGUUGACCAUCAUUGGACGGUGUGUCAUGCGAUAGAAUUACGUUGAUAUCUCCAAGGUCAAGGUCACACUUUGAGUUCAAAGGUCAAAAAUGGCCAUAAAUGAGCUUGUCUGGGCAAUAACUAUGUCGUUCAUUGUUAGAUUUUAAUAUCAUUUGGCACAUUUGUUCACCAUCAUUGGACGGUGUGUCAUGCGAAAGAAUUACAUCGAUAUCUCCAAGGUCAAGGUCACACUUUGAGUUUGAGUUCAAAGGUCAAAAAUGGCCAUAAAUGAGCUUUUCCGGGCCAUGACUAUGUUGUUCAUCGUUAGAUUUUAAAAUCAUUUGGCACAUUUGUUCACCAUCAUUGGACUGUGUGUCAUGAGAAAAAAUUACUUCGAUAUCUGCAAUGUCAAGGUCACACAUGGAGUUUGAAAGUCAAAAAUGACCAUAAAUGAGCUUGUCCGGGCCAUAACUAUGUCAUUCAUGGCGAGAUUUUAAAAUGACUUUGUACAAAAAUGUUGUUCACAGUCAUUUGACGGCAUGUCAUGUGAAAGAAUUGAAGAGUUCAAUGGUCAAAAUGGCCAUAAAUGGUAAUGACAUAAUAAUUCUUAAAAAUCACCAUAAAUUAGCUUCUCUCGUUUAGUGUAGACAGCAUGCAAAAUAUUCUGUGUCAAUGCAGAAUGUGGGGGUAUAUGUCACGCCUGUGACAAGGCUCUAGUUUUAUUUGUAAUUAAUCAAAGUGUUUUUUAUAUAUUGUUUGUUGAUAUAUAUAGAUGACCAUUUGACAAAAUAAGGCCUCUUUUAUUAUUGUGGCUAACUUUGUUUUGCAGUUAUAAUAUAAAAUGUUACAAAUCACAGAACAUUGUUUUGUGUACAUUUACAAAAGUGUUAUGGGAUAGAUGGCUAUUAUUAAUAAAAUCUAUGCAUGUUUUUGUGAUAAUCAAUUUUAUUCACUUACUAUAUAUUUUGUUAUAUUGAAUUUUUGUUACCGGUAAAUUAUAUGAUAUGCAAGUGGGUGCCUCUUCUGUUAUGGGUGCAUCCAUGCGACCAUUGUGUUACUUGAUAAUAUCUUGAAUUGCAAAUAUCUGUUUCAAUUGUUACUAUAUUUUAUUAUCAUUUUAUGGUUUGUUAUGGAUUAUAUAAAUUUUGCUGUAUUGAAUUUUUUUUCAAAUGAUACAUGUUUUUACUUUUUGUAAAAAUUGUAAUGAUUCUAUUGCAGAAUUCUUCUUGUGAAUCUCUUAUGGAAACUGUUAAUAUUAUUUUGCAUUUGGUUCAAUUUUCAGACCAAAUGCAAAAAUAAUGUUUUCAGCUGACAAAAGAGUACUUGGUUUAAUGGCUUUAGGAUUAUU